UAUAUAUUCCUGAUGAGCUGUGCCCUAAUCUAAUUCACGGACGCGUAGACACAUAUAUAAGCAGAAACAACUUGGAGUGCGAGAGACAGCAAUCAGAGAGUGGUAUACAGAACAACCAGCGAGAGUUAUCAGAGCAUAACCGGAGGUAAACUCUCUCCAAAUCGAUCUGAUAUUCUGUGGUUCUAAUUUUGAUACAAUCAUGGCGGACGAAGAGAAUUCAAACGAUACGAAGGUGGAGGUGAAAGAGGAUGCGGCAGAUAUUGCCCCAUUUGAUCCCACUAAAAAGAAGAAAAAGAAGAAGGUGGUAAUUCAAGAUCCUGCAGAUGACCCUGUGGAUAACUUGGCUGAGAAAACUGAAACUUUAUCAGUUUCUGAUGGCCUCGAGAAUACCUUUUCCGGUUUGAAAAAGAAGAAGAAGAAACCGGUGCAGACUGAUGCCAUAGAGGAUGAAAAAGAAAAUGCUGGGGAGGAUCUGGUGGAUGAUCACAUUGGCGAGGAUGAAGAAGGUGAAGGAAUUGUCCUGCAAUCACAGCUCCCAUGGGAAGGGAGUGACCGUGAUUAUGAAUAUGAGGAGCUUCUGGGCCGGGUGUUUAAUAUUCUUCGUGAGAAUAAUCCAGAGCUUGCUGGUGAUAGACGAAGGACAGUCAUGAGGCCUCCACAAGUUCUUCGUGAAGGCACAAAGAAAACCGUCUUUGUGAAUUUUAUGGAUCUGUGCAAGACCAUGCACAGGCAGCCGGAGCAUGUCAUGAAUUUCUUGCUGGCUGAAAUGGGGACAAGUGGAUCACUUGAUGGACAGCAAAGGUUAGUUGUGAAGGGAAGAUUUGCACCUAAAAAUUUUGAAGGAAUCCUGCGGCGAUACGUCAAUGAGUAUGUGAUUUGUAAUGGGUGCAAAAGUCCAGACACGAUUCUUUCGAAAGAGAAUCGUCUUUUCUUCCUCAGAUGUGAGAAGUGUGGUUCUGGGCGAUCAGUUGCUCCGAUUAAGGCUGGUUUCGUAGCUCGUGUUGGCCGCCGGAAGGCUGGAACAUGAUCUGGCAGUUAAUUCGGGAACUUUUGUCGCAUAGUUGAGAAAUCCCCAAGUGUCAUUGAACGUCAUUUCAAGGCAUAGUUGAGAAAUCCCUAAAUGUCACUGAACGUCAUUUCGAGUGUCAUGUUUUUUGCGAUGUGGGUUAUGCAUAUUUCUGACUUGCAUGUUAAAUAGUGUUAAAUUAUUCUAUAGCUUGGUAACCAUGGGUGAAUUUGGUGAUUAAAGGCUUACUUUCUGUUACAUUGUUUGACCUGGCAAUGUCGUGGUAAUGACCAACCAAUUCCUUUUUAGAACUUGUGCUAUGUACCUAUGUUUUCUAAUUUUUAAUUUUGGUUUCA